CACGCGAGACAAGUUAUGUUUGGUCCAAUAUUCAGCAGGAAGAUGACCUUUUAACUUCAAAAAUUUAUCUAUUUCGUGUUGAAUUUUCCACAGCAUGCAGAGUACUCAUAAAUGAUAAGGAAUCUGUUGAUAUUUGAGCCUUGAAACGAAGGAGAGUGGACCUAAAAUUCCUGCAUUUUGGCGAAUGAGGACAAUGCCAAUAGCACAGGACCGUUUAGAACAACUUCAAGUUCUAAAGUUACUUCAGUCUGUCCGACUCGAGGAUGUGGACCAGAUUGAAAAACUAACAACUCACGGGGUUCCCUAUCUGAUCAACUACUCUGAACCUGAAAAUGGAGAGACAGGGCUUCACCUGGCAGCAUGUAAAAACAACGAGAAGAUGAUUUCAUUUCUUCUUAGUCUGGGUGCAAGCCCCAACAUGGUGGACUUAAAGGGACGUACUCCUGCCAUGAGGGCAGCAGAGUUUGGCCACACACAGGCCUUGACUCUCUUAACAGAGGCAGAUACAGAUUUGACACUGAGGGAUAUUGAAGGUAAAGGAAUCUUGUUUUAUUGUAUCCAGCCAACCAAACGUCAUCUAGAGUGUCUCCAGAUUGCACUGAAACAUGGUGCAAGUGUUAAUUAUGUGAGUAAGGAUGGUCAACCUUUAUUGUAUGUGGCUGCAGAAGCUGGUCUGGACAACAUUGUGCAAGCACUUCUUGUUGCUGGUGCAGACCCAAAUGGAGCUCACACAAAUACUGGCCAGACAGCUCUACAUGCAGCAAGUGCCACUGGAAGUGUGGCGUGUGUGAGAGAAAUAUUGGAGGCUGGAGCAGACUGUGAUGCUUUGGAUAGUGAAAACAAUCACUCAGCACACAGGGCUGCCUUAAAUGGUCACUUUGAAGUCAUAAGAGUGCUGGCAGCUUAUGGUGCAGACUUGGGCAAAGUAGCAUCAGAUGGCAACACUCCUAUUCAUUAUGCAGCUCGACAAGGAUUUGGACCAAUAUGCAAGUUCUUGUCUCAAAGAGGUUGUCCAUCAAUGUUAAAGAACAAGGAAGGGAAGACACCAAGAUUGCUGGCAAAGGAUAAUGAGCACAAAGAUGCUUUGAAGGAAUGUCGUAAAGCUGAAAAACAGUCAGCAAAGCUCUCUAAGGGAGGAAGUAGAACUUCUGAACCAUAUGCCAUCAGACUUUAUGACUGGAUCCAAGAACAUGAAGAAAAAGUCUUGAACAUUUGUUAUCAGUUUGAUCCAGAGGAAGAGGAUGGAAGUAGAAAAGGAAAAAUUACCAAGGAUAACUUUGUAAUGUGUCUGCAGACAAUAAAUUGCCCAGUAGAUGUAGAAGAUUUGAAUAAAUUAGCACAGACGCAUGACCCAAACAAAGAAGAUGCUGUAGAUUAUCCACUGUUUAUCACUUGUAAAAAAUUUAUUAGUAAGCAAUUCAUGGUUGUCCUCGGAAAGAAAAAAAAGAAAAAAGGUGGAAAGAAAGGAAAGAAGAAGAAGGGAAAAACAAAAAUACCCAUCCCGAUUUGUACAGCACCUGAUGGCCCCCGGACAAAACAUGGUGGCCCACCCUCUGACUAUGUAGAGAGAUAUGUGCACUUCACAGACAACACAAGAUUUGAUCGGGAUAAUCCGCCAUCGCAUCCUAUUCAAGAUGAUUCUGCCUGGUACCUUAACUUCCCAGAUGUUACUUACAUGAACAUUAGCGAUGCUGCUAAAGUAGGAGACUUAGAGACGUUAAAAUCAGCUUUUGCCCGAGGAGUCUCAGUAGACCAACGCGACAAAUACUACAAGACUCCACUGAUGGCAGCUUGUGCACAUGGAAACAUCGAAGUAGCGGCAUACUUAUUACAGAUUGGGGCAGACAUCAAUGCACGAGAUAAUUUCAAAUGGACUCCUUUGCACCAUGCCUGCCACUCAGGGCAAGUUGACCUGGUGCAGUUUCUGCUAGAAAACGGAGCAGAAAUGGACGCGCAGACCAUCAAUGGCGGGACACCUUUAAUGAGGGCUAUUGAGAGUUCCAGAGAGGCUGUCGUGGAACUGCUAAUUUCUAAAGGAGCAAAAGUUCAGCUGGAAAAUAAGAAGGGACAUACAGCGCUGGAUGUCGCCAAAGCUUACGCAGAUCCUCGUGUUGUAGCUAUAGUACAGAAACGAUGGGACGAAAUUCCGCCACCCGUGGAUAAGAAGAAACGUGGAGGAAGCCCGCGCAAGAAAGGCGCCAAGUCAGCGGCCCCUUCAAAGACACACAUGCCCAGUGUGAAGAACACCCCGGACAAAAAACAAGAAGAGCCUCCAUCUACAGCACCAGCGACUGGCGCGUCUUUAGUACGGAAAUCGUCAGUGUUGCGAGCAGCCUCAGCUCUAGGAAUCAUCAACGAGAAACCUCAGCCAAUCGUGUACACUCCUCGGAGAGCAUGGAUAACGCAGCCAACCACCGAUGAUCUUCUACGUGGAAGAGAAGUUCGUCGGAUGCGUUUUACCACAGAUGUCGACUUCGCAGAUUACAAGCCUGCAUUCCAGAAACACAUCACCUUGAAGGCCGAGGCAAUGGAGGCGGAAGAUGACUAAUAAACCCAUAUGAUUUUUCGCUCUUCUUUUAGGUCAGCUCGUUAGAAGUGCUUUGCUCGCAAGUUAUCAAACGUAAGGGCACUGAGAACCCUGUGGUUCUUAACCCUUGACAACACAGCGGUGAAACGUCUGCGUAUGUGCCAAAGUUGUGAUGACUAGGUGGCGUACUUUAAGGGCUGUCGGGACUAAGUUUUCCAGCACGAGUUACAAACAACCACUCAGGCCGGUAACUCACCGUGUUUUGGAAGCGUAUCACUUUUUUGGUAAAGCCCAAAACAGAAUCAGUGGUAAAUCAACAGGAUGGUUGUAAUUGAAUAAGCUUUGUGUUCGAAAAAUCUCGAAUUUUCCUUUUUUUUCCUGCUUUUGUUUCCUUUGAUCCCUUCGCACAUGCCCUUUCCGCAUGCCUUAAGUUUGACCACUGUGUUCUCCUUGACGGUCAUCAAUAAAGAGUCUACGCGAGUUGUGGUGCGUGACGAACUGCCUGUACCACAAAAUUACCAAAAUUCUAAUUUUUGGCUCAGUUUUGAAUGAAAGAAAAAGAAAAUUCCUUUGAUAAACUUUGUCAGUUGCUGGACAACGUUUAAUUUUUAGACAAUGCACGAGAAAGUAAAUUCAAUGGCUGAAAGAUUUUCUUGAAAUUAUUUUUGUUUCCUGAAAGAAGCAAAACUGGUCAGCUUUCCAUUUCAUUGGUAAGGUUAAUUUUAUAGCCUCAUCUCACUGGCCACAGUUUGUUUAAAACUCGAAACUUUUGGAGUUGUGUAACUUAGAAAAUGAGCCGAAUCGGUGAGGCCGUUUACAAUCUGUCAAUAGGAUAAAAUUUAAGGUUCCACUGAAUGUUCAUAGAAAAUCACGUUAAAUAUGAUUGAUUAUAUGUUUUUUAUUUAAAUUUUUAUAAAAUUUAUACGUAGGCAUCGUUAUUUACUUCGGAAAUUUUCAUGAAAGCAAAUUCAAUUGUCAGUUUUUCAUCGAAGUACCUAGAUAUGAAAGGAUUAUAGAUAUUUAACAAAGUUAAAUACUUUUUAUAUUGAAAAGUAAUGUAAUUUAAUGACUUAGAGUUUAGUUUCCGACAACGUUUUAAGCCGAGGGUUUCCGACUUGAGAGAGGAUUGUCAUGCCUUGUUUUGCUUCAGUUAGAAAAAGAAGAAGCUUAUAAAGGGGAAGGGGGUGAGAUUCUCAGGAACCCCCCCCCCCCCAGCUACGCUCUUGUCUUAAGAGCUGAUGGCAGAUAGUUCGGAGAAUGUUAUUCAGAUCUUGUGAUUGAAAGGGUCAGCAAAACUUGCAUCAUAUACACUCUUUCAAACUAUUCAAAGGUAUCAUGAUUUGAUUACUAUUCUCGUUUUUUAAUCGUUUAUACCAUUUUAUUUUUUUAUUUGUUGUACUAUUUGUUAUCAUAUUUUUAAAA